AACAACAGUGUGAAGGAUUUUUGGUCGCCACGAGAAGGCUACGUUUAUCAGAUGCAAGGAUUUCGCUGCAUCCACGUUUGUCGUUGUGCUAACGUGAAUUUACGUAUCGCAUCGUCGAAGCCGAACGAUAUCUUUGAGCUACAACCAGAUGCUGAGCACAGCUACGCCAUUGAUCCGGAUCUGGAACUGGAAAUUGUACGAUAUCUUACGCAAAUAGGCGGAUCCAAGGCGAUCUCCUGGCGAGAGUGGAGGGCGACAGGGGAUACCGAAUAG